CUUGGAGGGGAUCAGCGUUAUGAAACCCUUCCGUGCCACCCGCUCGGGGGAUCAUCUCUCUAAUCAAUCGGAGAAGCUCAGUGAAAGCGAAGUGUCUGUCUCUGGCCGUGUCCGUAGCCGUGGCAGAUUUUUUUUCUCUCUCUCCACGGCCAAAACCGCUCACCCCACCACACCACACCAGACCCCACCCCACCACCGCACCUCCAACAACAACAAAAUCCCUCCAGCAGUAGAGGACGCGUCCCCUAAGAAGGAGGGAGGGAGGGGAUUAUUAGGAGGAGAGAUUGGUCAGUGGACAUCACGCUCGGUCGAGGAGAGUCCGUCAGCGCAAGAGCCGCACACAGCGAAGAGCCCACUGAGCCGAACGUUGAAUUAUUCUUAUUAUUUGCAGUUUCUUACAAAUAUUGAUUUCGAUUUUCUUACAAUAUUUGCUCACGACAUUUUCUUACAUCGUUGCUUACAAUAUUCGCUUACAAUAUUUGUUUUCCAUAUUUGCUUGCGAAAUUAUUUGCUUACAAACGUUGAUUUUCGAUUUGCUUUUCAAAUAUCGAUUACAAAUAUUGCCUACAAAUAUUGAUUCCACGCGGGCAAUCACUUCCGAGGGAACAUCUUACUCAGUUGGCAAGGGCCUUCGAGUGACGGCUUAACGCGUUGGUUCCGGUCACCAGAGUCCGCAAGUCCGAGACUCCAUCGGUCCAUGACACUUUGUCGGUGUCCUCCAUCGACCGGUCCCGUGGUCUCGCCAUGAGCGCCGCGUUCCUUGAGCAGCAGCAGCAGCAGCAGCGGCGGCGGCUGGAGCAGCUGUAGCAUCAGUUGUACGCGGAGGGCACAGGGUGGACCCGUAGCGAUGGUGAAGCCGGUGGGCCCUGCUGCGGCCGAAGGGACUGCCCCUCCCGCGGGCCCGGCCGGCGGGACGGCCCCUCCCGUGGACCCGAGCGGGCCCCGUGGCCACGCCGCGGCCCGGUUCGUGUGGGCCCUGCUACGGCGCGGCCGCGUGGCCCCGAGAGAAUUGGAACCCCCGCGGCUUCUCCACGUGAUGCCCGCGGUGCAGGAGGCAAACAGAAGCGGCUCUUCUGAAGAUGCCAGGACCACUACCACCUCCACACAGGAGCAUCAGAGCGCGGCGGAGAAACCGCGGCCCUCGGUGCGCGUUCGCGACGUGGACUGCGAUGACGGAGAGGGGCCACCGGGCCCCGCUGCCCGGACCGGCGCGGCCCUCAAGCUGCCCCCGCUGCCCUCUCCGCAGCCCAGCACGAGCCUGCCGUCGCAGACUCUCGCCGUGCCCACAGCCUCUUCCAGACGCAAGUUCUCGAGUCCCACGAGCAGUGUGGACGAUGCGUCGCAGCAGGCGGGGGAUGAGCAGGUGGACCCUCAGGGCUGCACCUUCCGAAGCCUGUCGCGCGCCGACUCGCUGUCGAGCCAGUGCAGCGUGUCGGUGACGGAGCGGCUGCACGAGCUCUCGCGACAGUUCCGCACGCGCACCGAGCAGGUCAAGGAGAAGAUCAUCGACCCCGACGAGUCGCUCUCCGACGACAGCCCCCCGCCCUCACCGGUCAAGGCCGCCCCUGCGCCAACCCCUGCGGAGGAGGGCCCCAAGGGAGAGGCGGAGGUGGCGGCCGGGCUGGCUGAGGCGGAGGAGCGCUGCAGCAUGCUCUGCUGCAGCCUCAAGCGGAGGCCCUGGAUGCGCCGCUUGCACAUUCCCAAGAGCAUCGACCCCUACACAGACCACUUCUACGUGCUCUGGCUGCUCGUGGUGGCGCUGGCGUUCCACUGGAACUGCUGGCUCAUCCCCGUGCGCUGCACGUUCCCCUACGUGACGGCCGACAACCUCGCCACGUGGCUAGUCACCGACUACGCCUGCGACGUCAUCUACAUCGUCGACAUGGCCUUCUUCCAGACGCGCCUGCAGUUCAUCAGCAAAGGCGACAUCAUCACCGACCCGAAAGAGAUGAGAAAUAACUACGUGAAGUCUCAGAGGUUCAAGAUGGACAUGCUAUCGCUCCUGCCACUGGACCUGCUGUACUUGCGCUUCGGCUUCAACCCGCUCUUCCGUCUGCCGCGCUGCUUGAGGUACAAGGCGUUCUUUGAGUUCAACGACAGACUGGAAGCCAUCCUCACGAAAGCGUUCAUCUACCGAGUGAUCCGCACCACCGGCUAUCUGCUCUACAGCCUCCACCUCAACGCGUGCCUCUACUACUGGGCCUCCGACUACGAGGGAAUCGGCUCGACCAAGUGGGUCUACAACGGCCUCGGCAACCAUUACAUCCGCUGCUACUUCUGGGCCAUCAAGACGCUGAUCACGAUCGGCGGUCUGCCCGACCCGGAGAACCUCUUUGAAAUCGUCUUCCAGGGGUGCAACUACUUCACGGGCGUGUUCGCCUUCUCCGUGCUCAUCGGCCAGAUGCGCGACGUGAUCGGAGCGGCCACGGCGUCGAAGACGCGGUACCGCGACUGCGUGGACAGCACGGUGGCGUACAUGAACGCCAACCGCAUCCCCAAGUACGUGCAGAACCGCGUGCGCACCUGGUACCAGUACACGUGGCAAGCCCUCGGCAUGCUCGACGAGUCGGAGCUGCUGGAUCAGAUGCCGGCGAAAAUGAGGCUCGACAUCGCCGUGGACGUCAACUACCAAAUCAUCACCAACGUGCAGCUCUUCAAGGGUUGCGACAAGCAGCUGCUACAGGACAUGUUGGUGCGGCUCAGGUCUGUGGUCUACCUGCCCGGGGAUUACGUCUGCAAGAAGGGAGAGAUCGGGAAGGAGAUGUACAUCAUCAAGACAGGAGAGGUCCAGGUGCUGGGCGGUCCGAACGGCAUGACAGUGCUCGUGACGCUGAAGUCCGGCGCCGUCUUUGGGGAGAUCAGCCUGCUGUCGGUGGGCGGCGGCAACCGUCGCACCGCCAACGUGGUGGCGCACGGCUUCGCCAACCUCUUCAUCCUCAACAAGCAGGACCUCAACGAGAUCCUGGUGCACUACCCCGAGUCCCAGCGCCUCCUCCGCAAGAAGGCCAAGAAGCUGAUGUCGAGCAACAAGGAGAAGAAGGCGCCGCCCCCGAGGAAGCCGCACACGAGGCCCAUACUGCAGGCCAAGCAGGCGACGCCCAAGAUCAUCCGCACCAUCCUGUUGGCCGCCAGGAAGUCUGGCCUCAGAGGCACAUUCGAAAGGCUGCGUAACCACGUGAACAAGCCCAGCACGCAGGCCCCCACCCUCCCGCCGUCCCUGCUCCCAACCCCGGUCGCGUCUCCCGCCCCGUCCCGGGCCCCCUCCCCCCCGGACUCCCCGCCACCGGCCUCGAGCCCCCGCGAGCCCCCGCAAGCCCCCGGCCGCUCUGCGGAGGAGAAGGAGGUGGACGAGGAGCUGUCUGAGUGGUCGGAUAAUUCCACGUCGAGGCCGGUGGUGCACAGGCCCGCGGAGGACGGCACUGGCCCUGGUGGCCACGGUGGGAGAGGUUAAGCACUGCCGUGUGGAGGCUGUGGUGCUGGAACUGUUCGGGGCUGAGCUCCGGAAAACUACAUUGUCGUCUGGCGACGAGAAAUCAAGCCCGGAAACAACACCAUCAUCAUCAUCAUUGUCAUUAUCACAACCUCAGAAUUAUCGUCAUCAUAACCACCGCCAUCACCACCACUACCGCCAUCACCACCACCACCACCACCACCACCGUCACUUUCAACUUU